AUGCUUUCCAUCAAGAUUGAUGGCAAGGAAUACCAGGAGAAAAAGGGUCAAACCAUUCUUCAAGUAUGCAACAAACAUGGUGUUUACAUUCCAACUCUUUGUAAUCAUCCAGAUUUGCCCCCAAUUGCUCAUUGUGGCGUUUGUGUUGUCAAAAUCAAUGGAAAUAACUUUGUUUUAUCAUGCUCACAUAAGAUUGCAGCUGGGAUGGAGAUUGAAACGGGAACACCAGAGAUUAAAGCUAAAGCUUUAGAUGCUUUGCAGAAUUUCUCUGAUGUUACAAUGAUGCCAAAGACACCAGAGAUAGAAGAACUCUAUACAUAUCUUAAACCAGCACGUAAAGUUAACAUGACUCCACAAAAAUUAACUUCAAUCUCAUUUGAUCCAGGUUUAUGCAUUCAAUGUGAUAGAUGUACACGCGCUUGCAGCGACAUUCAAGCCAUGGACGCUAUCCAAGAAGACACUCAUCAAAUCAUAGACUUUGAUUGCAUUCAAUGCGGACAAUGUGCAAAUGUCUGCCCAACAAAUGCUAUCUACGAAACUCCAGCAAUACCAAAAGUCAUACAAGCUCUUGCCAAAGGCUACAUCAUGAUAAUGCAAUUUGCCCCUUCAGUUCGUGUUACAAUGGGCGAAAUGUUCGGAGAUGAGCCAGGCACAAUCUGUACAGGCAAGAUCAUUGCAGCGUCCAGAAUGAUGGGAUUCCGCUAUGUUUUUGACAUCGCAUAUGGCGCCGAUAUUACAGUUCUCGAAGAAGGUGCAGAAUUGGUUCAUAAGAUCCAGAACAAUGAGAAACUUCCAAUGUUUACAUCAUGUUGUCCAUCCUGGGUCAAUUUUGUUGAAAGAAAACAUCCUGAAUUAAUUCCACAACUUUCAACCGCCAAAUCUCCACACAUGAUGAGUGCAGCAGCCAUCAAAACAGUGUUUGCCGAUGUCAACAACAUUGAUCCUUCAAAAAUUUUCUUAGUAUCUAUGAUGCCGUGCACAGCCAAGAAAGAUGAGAUCAUCAGAACUCCAUUACAAGGCCAAGUUGAUGCUGUUAUCACUGCAAGAGAAUUCGGACAAAUGAUCAAGACAUUUGAUAUCGAUUGGAGUACUUUGGACAGUGACCAUACAGCUGCCUUUGAUAAAAUGAUGGGCGAAUCAUCAGGAGGCGGUAACAUCUUUGGUGUUUCCGGCGGUGUCAUGGAAUCAACAAUGAGAUAUGUUUCAGAAAAAUUGACGGGCCAAACAUUGGUUUCUCCACCUGAUUUCAGACAGAUUUCUGAAGAGAUGAGAUCAGCUGAAGUUCAAAUAGGAGACAGGACAUUCAAGAUCGGCAUCUGCGGAGGAAUUGCAGCUGCAAAAGAUCUCCUAGAAAGUGGUGAAUUCGAUGAUUACGAUUUCAUCGAAGUCAUGGCUUGUCCAAGAGGUUGCAUUUCAGGUGGUGGACAUCCAAAGCUCCCAAUAAAGAGAAUCCCAGAAAGAGCAAAAGCUUUGUACAACAUCGAUGGAAAGAAAGGCGAAAUGAACAAAUUAUCUGCAUUGAAGAACGAAGAAGCUGCUGAAUGCUACAGAAUACUCGAAGAAAAGAAUGCAGACUUGAAGAAUCAUAUUUUCCAUACUCAUUUCAGUCCACAAGUUGCUAAGUAA